GCGCCGAGCGGAACGCUCGACCAGUCCCUUCUACGAUUCUUCGUCCAAACUAUCGCGAAAUGUUUCGGGCACGUCGAGGAGAUCAACAUCGGAGCGGUCAAUUUCGUCUAAAGAUUAAUGAUUUGCCGGAGCUUGCGGCCACAUGGUGGAUGCGAAUGCCGUACCGGAGGAUCCGGUUCGGGCCGAGCAAGAUCGGCUGUAAGACCUGUGGUGGAACGUGGCUGACCUUGAGUUCCUGGUAUUUCGUCGGCACUAAUCCCGCGAUCACUCCCGCUGUGAUAUUCUUAUUGAGAAUAGUAGCUGAAGAAGCAAAACGUUCCGAGAUCGGUGAAUGGGGUACCGCGGUGUGCCAGAGUCAGGUGUCGGACCCGUGGACCCGAAGAGAAAUGCAUUAA